UCCUGUGCCGACCACAGCUUCAGAGCUGCAACUUCCAGAAGAUAACCAGUUCUCACAAGGCAGAACGUGCGGUCACACUCCACCUUCCUGCAAGCCAGGAGAAAUGCAUUGGUCGAAGUUCGCCGGUCGAUACCGACCUUUCCUUGUAAUGAUAAUGAUGGUGGUAACUCCGACAACUGGCUUUCCUCCUCCGACUUCUGAACCAACCACAUGGCCUCCAGAGCCAAACUGUAUCGAAGGAACUGGUAACACCAGCGUUUGUGCUUGUGACCCUCAAUGCGCACGGUAUGGAGACUGUUGCCGCAGUUCCCAAUACUUCGUGCCAGAAGAACAACGCCUGGGAGCCUCCCCCUUCAAGUGCACGACUCUUUCCAAAAUUUCCUUGUAUGCAAUAAUGACAUGUCCUCCAGACUGGACGGACUCAUACACUCGCAACCGUUGCGAAAAUCCCGACACCAGUUACAGCGACCCACUGCUUGACGCACCGGUGACAAGCACGAGUACCAACAUCACGUACCGCAACUGGCACUGCGCAUAUUGUCACCGUGAUCUGGACGCUAACACUACUGGCAUUUGGGCAGCUAAAAUUCUGUGCCAUAUUGAACGUGGUAUGCCAUCUUUUUUUGUGUCUGAAGACACAAUUAUGAAAUAUUUAUCAUACGAUACUCAUACUUCACAGUGGAAUUUUGAUAUCGACAAACAUGACUUGGAAACCGACCCUGGCAUACGUAUUUUAAUUGAACCUCAGAUAGAGCAACGAUAUAAAUACAAGUGUGACUUAUUAUUCAUACCCGAACCAAAUGAAUUAAAAACAGCUCGGUUCUGCAGAACUGACAUUAUAGCCGAAUGUUCUACGAACUGGAAGGGUACCGAGGAACACAGACAAUGUAAUGCAUACACGGCUCACAUAUGUUCUGGCCGCAAAACAUAUCGAAACCACCAUUGCUUUCUUUGCAACAACUUCACUACUCUACAGCAAUGCGGAACUUACGCUGAGUACCCCACUGCACCAACACUGGAAUACGGACCGCCAUUCUCAGCGCUGCUUAACUGGAAGAGACUGAAGAGGAGGACAUGUGCAUCAUCCGAAAUAUACGACCCGCUAGCCCGCGUCUGCCGAAAAGUAUACGUAUAGUCAGUUGUGGAAAUGAUUUCUUCCUUUGUUCCCUGAAAUUAACAUUCAUACAUAAGCUAAUGCUGACUAACACGGCUACAUCAAAGUCACUUAGCCUAUAAGGCACAGUUCACACUAAAUAUUUUUCUUACUGGCUUUACAGCCCCCUUGGGCCAUGGCCUCUGAUUUUCAAUUUCAUGAUGAUUUUACA